CCCUCCCUUAAUAAAUCCUUUUAAAUCCUCCACCAGUCCUCACACACACACACACACACCCCCACACCACACAGAGACUUCUUUAAUUUCCAAUCAAACCACUCUCCUCUCCUCUUCUCUCAACAAAACUGAAAGAGGAGAGAGAGAGAGAGCAUGGAAGAACAAGUUCAUGAAACUGGCAGAUGGGAUGGGUAUGUGGAUUGGAGGAACAGACCUGCAAUCAGAGGCACUCAUGGUGGGAUGCUUGCUGCCUCCUUUGUUCUGGUUGUGGAGGUAAUGGAGAAUAUGGCUUUUCUGGCAAAUGCAAGCAACUUGGUGAUAUACUUAUCGGAUUACAUGCACUUUUCUCCCUCAAAGUCUGCGAAUGAUGUCACCAAUUUCAUGGGCACAUCAUUCCUUCUGGCACUUCUUGGUGGCUUCUUAUCUGAUGCUUUCUUCACCACUUAUCACAUCUACUUGAUUAGUGCUUUUGUCCAAUUCCUGGGCUUGGUGAUACUCACUGUGCAAGCUCGAGAACCAUCUCUAAAGCCACCCAAAUGUAGCCUGGGAAGCUCAACUAUCCCAUGCCAAGAGGUUCAUGGUGGAAAAGCUGCAAUGCUAUUCCUCGGUCUCUAUCUGGCGGCAUUGGGCGUGGGAGGGAUAAAGGGUUCACUGCCACCUCACGGAGCCGAGCAAUUUGAUGAGACCACUCCUCAAGGGAGGAAGCAGAGGUCCACAUUCUUCAAUUACUUUGUCUUCUGUUUGUCCUGCGGAGCCUUAAUUGCAGUCACACUGGUGGUUUGGAUUGAAGACAAUAAGGGGUGGGAGUGGGGUUUUGGCAUCUCCACUAUUGUCAUUUUCUUGUCUAUCCCAAUCUUUCUCUCUGGCUCUACCUUUUACAAGAACAAAAUUCCCUCUGGAAGUCCACUUACAACCAUUUUCAAGGUUUUGGUGGCUGCUUCAGUGAAUACAAAUUGCGUGAGUAGAAGCCCAAGCAAUGCCAUUGCAAACAUGUCCAUAAACCCAUCUUCACCAUCUCAAAAAAACCAGACACCACGAGACCCAGCAAAAGCAAUCGAGAUUCCAACAAAGAGUCUCAACUUUCUCAACAGAGCUGUAGUAAACAAACCGCUCCGUCCCUCACUAGCAUGUACAGUCCAGCAAGUCGAAGAAGUCAAGAUUGUACUAAAAAUCCUACCAAUUUUCGCCUGCACAUUCAUGCUCAAUUGCUGCCUGGCUCAACUCUCCACAUUUUCAGUCCAACAAGCUGCUACCAUGGACACUAACCUCGGUUCCCUGAAAGUCCCACCGGCUUCACUCCCUGUAUUUCCUGUACUCUUCAUCAUGAUCUUAGCCCCAAUUUACGACCAUCUCAUCAUCCCAUUCGCUAGAAGAGUUACUAAAUCAGAAAUGGGCAUCUCUCAUCUGCAAAGAAUUGGGAUUGGUCUAGUCCUGUCGAUAGUAGCAAUGGCAGUGGCAGCUCUUGUUGAGAUUAAGCGAAAAAGAGUGGCGACAAAUACAGGACAACUUGAUGAAACCAAUCCAUUACCAAUUACAUUCUUUUGGGUUGCAUUUCAGUACUUGUUCUUGGGAUCGGCUGAUUUAUUCAGCUUAGCUGGGUUGUUGGAGUUUUUCUUUACAGAGGCACCAGCAAGCAUGAGAUCAUUAGCUACCUCUCUUUCAUUCGCGUCGUUGGCAAUGGGGUACUACCUUAGUUCAGUGAUUGUGUCGAUUGUUAAUGAAGUUACUGGUAAUUCAAAGCACAAACCUUGGCUCUCCGGUGCUAACUUGAAUCAGUAUCAUCUCGAGAGAUUCUACUGGCUCAUGUGUGUGCUCAGUGUAUUGAAUUUCUUCCACUACCUCUUCUGGGCUUCGCGGUACAAAUACAGAUCAUCAACAACACACGUAUAGAUGAAUUGGGGGCCGGGCUACAUCAUGCUUCACAAGUAGUCACAUUAAGCAACCACAUCAAGCAACUCCUUUCCUUCGGCUGUAUAUAUCACCAACUGCUUGACUUCCAUUACUGCCCAAUCGAAGAUGGAUUUCGUCCACCGAGAAGACAAAACAGAAGGAAACAGAAAAAGAAAAAGAAAAAAAAAAGAAAAGAAUCUUGUACUAGUUGCCCUGUUUUUGUAGUGACUACCUUAUACUACUUUUGAGCAAAUAUUUCUUAUUAUAAUCUA